ACUUAGCACUGGCUACACCCUCCUCAAUUCUGGUUGGCGAGAUGCGCUCUUCCCGGAAGUGACGCGCAAGUGCCGGCGGAAGGGGAAGUCCAGGAGCAUGGGUGAUUUUUCUCCCUACCGAGGUGCAUGGGGGUGUACUAUGCUAACCAAGGGGAGGCUCACAACCGUGACAGACUGCCAUUCCUGAUCUUUUCUGGCUAUGGGCCCCCGGAGCCGCGAACGUCGGGCAGGCGCGGUACAGAGCACCAACGACAGCAGCGCCCUCAGCAAGCGUUCCCUGGCCGCGCGCGGGUACGUGCAGGACCCCUUUGCCGCGUUGCUGGUUCCGGGCGCGGCGCGCCGCGCACCGCUCAUUCACCGAGGCUACUACAUCCGCGCACGCGCCGUAAGGCACUGCGUGCGCGCUUUCUUGGAGCAGACUGGCGCAACCCAUGCUGCGCGUCGCGCGCAGAUCUUGUCUUUAGGCGCCGGCUUCGACUCGCUCUAUUUUCGCUUGAAAACUGCGGGCCGCCUGGCCCGGGCUGCAGUCUGGGAGGUGGAUUUCCCGGAUGUGGCGCGGCGCAAAGCAGAGAGGAUUGGAGAGACGCCAGAGCUGUGCGCUUUAACCGGGCCUUUCCAGCGUGGGGAGCCCGCAUCAGCGCUGUGCUUUGAGAGCGCAGACUACUGCAUCCUGGGCCUGGACCUGCGGCAGCUCCAGCGAGUGGACGAGGCCCUGGGCUCAGCGGGGCUCGACGCAGCCUCACCCACUCUGCUCCUGGCCGAGGCGGUGCUGACCUACCUCGAGACGGAGAGUGCUGCGGCCCUCAUCGCCUGGGCAGCGCAGCGUUUUCGUAAUGCCCUUUUCGUGGUCUAUGAGCAGAUGAGGCCUCAAGACGCCUUUGGCCAGUUCAUGCUGCAACAUUUUCGGCAACUAAACUCCCCCUUGCAUGGCCUGGAGCGCUUUCCUGACGUGGAGGCGCAGCGGCGCCGCUUCCUUCAAGCCGGCUGGACUGCCUGUGGUGCCAUGGACAUGAAUGAAUUCUAUCGCUGCUUUCUCCCCGCAGAAGAGCGCCGGCGGGUAGAAAAUAUUGAACCCUUUGACGAAUUUGAGGAGUGGCAUCUGAAGUGCGCCCAUUAUUUCAUUCUGGCAGCUUCUAGGGGAGACACCCUCUCCCAUACCCUAGUGUCUCCAUGUUCAGAGGCAUUUCCUCGCCUGAAUCCUGCUUCGCCUUCAGGGGUAUUCCCUGCCAGUGUAGCCAGUAGCGAGGGCCAGGUCCCAACCCUGAAGAGAUACGGCCACGCCUCUGUCCUCUUGAGCCCGGACGUAAUUCUCAGUGCGGGAGGAUUUGGAGAGCAGGAGGGGCGGCACUGCCGAGUGAGCCAGUUUCACUUGCUCUCAAGAGAUGGUGACUCUGAAUGGAAAGGCAGCCAAAUAGGCAGUUGUGGGACUGGAGUUCAAUGGGAUGGACGCCUUUAUCACACCAUGACAAGAUUCUCAGAGAGUCGGGUUCUGGUUCUGGGAGGGAGACUGUCCCCAGUAAGUCCAGCCUUGGGGGUUCUCCAGCUUCAUUUUUCUAAUAGUGAGGAUAAUAACACUCAGGACCUGAAAGUGACAAUAACAAAGGCCGGCCGAAAGGACGAUUCCACUUUGUCUUGUUGGCGGCAUUCAACAACAGAAGUGUCCUAUCAGAAUCAGGAAUAUUUGUUUGUGUAUGGGGGUCGAAGUGUGGUGGAACCUGUACUAAGUGACUGGCAUUUCCUACAUGUAGAGACAAUGGCUUGGGUCAGGAUCCCAGUGGAGGGAGAAGUGCCUGAAGCCCGGCAUUCUCACAGUGCCUGCACUUGGCAAGGGGGAGCCCUUAUUGCUGGAGGUCUUGGGGCUUCUGAAGAGCCAUUGAACUCUGUGCUCUUUCUGAGACCAACCUCUUGUGGAUUCCUCUGGGAGUCAAUAGAUAUCCAGCCUCCCAUUACCCCAAGGUACUCCCACACAGCUCAUGUGCUCAAUGGAAAGCUGUUACUGGUUGGAGGGGUCUGGAUUCAUUCCUCCUCAUUUCCUGGAGUGACUGUUAUCAAUUUGACUACAGGAUUGAGCUCUGAGUAUCAGAUUGACACAACCUAUGUGCCAUGGCCAUUAAUGUUACACAACCAUACGAGUAUCCUUCUUCCUGAAGAGCAACAGCUCCUGCUCCUUGGAGGUGGUGGGAACUGCUUUUCCUUUGGUAUGCUCUCCACCUUUCACUGUUCUGUGCUCCAAGAGGCUGACCUUUGUGGACUGUAUCAAGGAGCUCUCUUUUUGAUUGAAUUCCACCAGUCAGAGGCACCAGAGGGGAAUGGGGGCAAGAAGAAGAUGGCAACCUUGCAGCUUGAGUCUGUCGACCUGCAGAGCUCCAGGAACAACCGGGAGCACCACACGCAGGAGAUGGGCGCCAAGCGGCUCACUGUGCGCCGCGGCCAGCUCUUCUACCUCCGGCUGAGCUUCAGCAGACCCUUCCAGUCCCAGAGCGACCAUAUCACCUUUGUGGCUGAGACCGGACCCAAGCCCUCAGAGCUGCUGGGGACCCGAGCCAGAUUCUUCCUCACCCGGGUCCGGCCCAGGAAUGUCUGGAGCGCUUCUGAUUUCACCAUUGACUCCAACUCUCUCCACGUUUCCCUUUUCACACCAGCCAAUGCAGUUAUUGGCCAUUACAUUCUGAAGAUAGAGAUCUCUCAGGGCCAAGGUCACAGUGUGACUUACCGGCUGGGAACUUUCAUCCUACUUUUUAACCCUUGGAGUCCAGAGGACGACGUCUACCUGCCAAGUGAAAUACUGCUGCAGGAGUAUGUCAUGCAAGAUUAUGGCUUUGUUUACAAGGGUCAUGAAAGAUUCAUCACCUCCUGGCCCUGGAACUAUGGGCAGUUUGAAGAGGACAUCAUAGACAUCUGCUUUGAGAUCCUGAACAAGAGCCUGCAUUACUUAAAGAACCCGGCCAAAGACUGUUCCCAACGGAACGACGUGGUGUACGUGUGCAGGGUGGUGAGUGCCAUGAUCAACAGCAACGAUGACAACGGCGUGCUGCAGGGGAACUGGAGCGAGGACUACUCCAAAGGGGUCAGUCCUCUGGAGUGGAACGGCAGUGUGGCCAUCCUACGGCAGUGGUCAGCCGGGGGCGGGCAGCCUGUGAAGUACGGACAGUGCUGGGUCUUCGCAUCUGUUAUGUGCACCGUAAUGAGAUGCUUAGGUGUUCCAACCCGUGUUGUUUCCAAUUUCCGUUCCGCGCACAACGUGGAUAGGAACUUGACCAUCGAUACGUACUAUGACCGAAAUGCAGAGAUGCUGUCAACUCAGAAACGAGACAAAAUAUGGAACUUCCAUGUCUGGAAUGAGUGCUGGAUGAUCCGGAAAGAUCUCCCACCAGGAUACAACGGGUGGCAGGUUCUGGACCCCACUCCCCAGCAGACCAGCAGCGGGCUGUUCUGCUGUGGCCCUGCCUCUGUGAAGGCCAUCAGGGAAGGGGAUGUCCACCUGGCCUAUGACACCCCUUUUGUGUAUGCCGAGGUGAACGCCGAUGAAGUCAUUUGGCUCCUCAGGGAUGGCCAGGCCCAGGAAAUCCUGGCCCACAACACCAGUUCCAUCGGGAAGGAGAUCAGCACCAAGAUGGUGGGGUCAGACCAGCACCAGAGCAUCACCAGCUCCUACAAGUACCCAGAAGGAUCCCCUGAGGAGAGAGCUGUCUUCAUGAAGGCUUCUCGGAAAAUGCUGGGCCCCCAAAGAGCUUUUUCGCCCUUCCUGGAUCUCCUGGAGUCCGGGGGUCUUAGGGAUGAGCCAGCGCAGCUGCAGCUUCACCUGGCCAGGAUACCCGAGUGGGGCCAGGACCUGCAGCUGCUGCUGCGUAUCCGGAGGGUGCCAGACAGCACCCACCCUCAGGGGCCCAUCAGACUGGUGGUGCGCUUCUGUGCACAGGCCCUGCUGCAUGGGGGUGGCACCCGGAAGCCCCUCUGGAGGCACACGGUGUGGGUGAACCUGGACUUUGGGAAGGAGACACAGUGGCCACUCCUCCUGCCCUACAGCAAUUACAGAAGCAAGCUAACGGACGAAAAGCUCAUCCGUGUGUCUGGCAUCGCUGAGGUUGAAGAGACAGGGAGGUCCAUGCUGGUCCUAAAAGAUAUCUCUCUGGAGCCUCCCCACUUGUCUAUUGAGGUGUCUGAGAGGGCUGAGGUGGGCAAGGCACUGAGGGUCCACGUCACCCUCACCAACACCUUGAUGGUGGCUCUGAGCAGCUGCACGAUGGUGCUGGAGGGAAGCGGCCUUGUCAAUGGGCAGAUAACAAAGGACCUUGGGACUCUGGUGGCCGGACACACCCUCCAAAUUCAACUGGACCUCUACCCCACCAAAGCUGGACCCCGCCAGCUCCAGGUUCUCAUCAGCAGCAAUGAGGUCAAGGAGAUCAAAGGCUACAAGGACAUCUUUGUCUCUGCGGCUGGAGCUCCCUAAGCCCCGCCCUCCGGCUGCCCUCCCUGGCACCCCUGCUCCACCUGACUCCUUUCUACUCCUGACUGUGUCGUCUUGGCUCCACCUCUGUCCUCUCUCCAGCCUGCCUGGGAGUGGAUGAAGCUCUGUUAGAAACAUCGUGUGCUUUGGGAAGAGACAAUAAAGACGUCUUUAUUUAUCA